AUGGGUAAUAUUUUGGUUGAAGCUGGCUUCAACAAAGAAACUUGCUGUUAUGAGGUUAAAAGUGUCCAAGGCUGUAAGAAGUUUCAGCAAGCGUUCAUCAAUUAUGGCCCUCAUGAUAAUCACAGACUUCUUCUGGAAUAUGGCUUUGUUGCCCCUGACAACCCCCACAGUGUAGUACAUGUUGAUUUGGGAACUCUAAAAUGGUGUCUAGAUGAACAAGACAAACAGCUAACACAAAAACUACUCUACCUAAGGGACAAUGAUUUUUUAAGGAACUUGACGUUUGGGAUGGAUGGCCCUUCCUGGCGACUGAUGACUGCACUGAGACUGCUGUCCUUGAAACCUGAGCAAUAUACUAGUUGGAAGAGUGUCCUCUUGGGGGCAGGAGUGAGCCGGGAUAGGGAGGAGUGGUGCAUUCACAAUGCCCUAAAGCUUUGCAAUAACCUCACCGAUGACAAUGUCAAAGCACUAGAGAGGCUAUCACAGCUCAAACAGUGUGCAAACCUGUCUCUCCUUGAACAACUAUGUGUGGUGGAGAGCCUGAGACAAGAGGAGCAAAGGAUUCUGGAACACACACGAGUGGUUCUUCAAAACCUCUGGGGACAAUAGUCACUGUGGUAACAGUAGGGCAUUCAGAACACUGAGGAACCAGAAGCCUCAUGUUGUCACUGCCAAGAUUUAGACACAAGCCCAGAGCCAGCAGAUAUGCUUGAGCUUUGUACUACAGCCCUUAACACAACCACCUUAAAAACUACAGGGAGUCCAAAUUACUUAAAAGAAUAGUUCACCCAAAUCCGAAAAUUCUGUCAUUUAAUCACCCUC